GCUAUAGGCUCUCCUCUGGUUAUCGUCCCCAAUAAUCGUACUUAUCACCAAUUUCAACAAUGUCAGUCCCCAUUAGAGCCCAAUCCGCGGAAGCGAAAACUCCUGUCCAUGGGUAUUACUACUGGAUGGUGGAAAUCGCUGCCGUCAAGGUCUUUAUAGAUCACGGCGUUUUCGAGGCUAUUCCGGCAGAUGGCAGCAUCGCCAUUGAUGAACUAGCAGAGAAAACCAACGCAGACAGCCAUUUAAUCGAGCGCUUCUCCAAAUUCCUCGUAGCUGCCGGGGUGUUGACAUUUCCGACCGCAGGCCAAGUCGCCCACAACGACGCAUCCAGACGUCUGGCUGAGCCCCGAAUCAAACUGCUGUACAGGCACAUAUUCGACUUCUUCAUGAUACCGGCGGCUAAGUGGCCUGAAUACUUUGUGGAAAAUGGCUUGAAAGAGCCUGUUUCUUCGGAUCGUGUGCCCUUUGGUUUCGCAGCGGGAGAGCCGGACAAGACUCUCUACCAAAUUCUGGAAACGCGGCCACAGCGACACGAAGAAUUCAAUCGAGCAAUGGCAGCAGCCGUGGAAACCAUGCCCAUAACUGGGAUGUACGACUUUAGCUGGAUUGGAAAAUACGCAGCGGCAAGCAAAGACAAUCAUGAGAGGCCAUUGUUUGUGGAUGUCGGUGGCGGCAAGGGGCAAGCUCUGCGUGCUAUUCUAAAGGAAAAUCCUAGUAUUGAUGCCAGUCGUUGUGUGCUGGAGGAUCAAUCUGCCGUCAUUGAUGAGGCCAUCCAAGAAGCAGACGAAGCACUAAGCAAGGUAGCCAAAGUGAAGAUGAGCAUUUUUGAAGAGCAACCUGUUCGAGGUGCUCUGGUAUACCACAUCCGUCGCGUAUUAAAUGACUGGUCCGACGCCGACUGCGUCAAAAUCUUGAGCCAUCUGCGCAACGCAUGCGUUGCUGACUCCCGCAUUCUCAUCUCAGAGCAGCUGAUUCCCGAACAGCCCUCGCUCGAUUUGGCUGCUUUUGAUAUAUGGAUGUUCAACUUUUCUGGAAAGCGCCGCAAUGAGAAGUUGUUCCAGGACAUAGCGACAAAGGCUGGAUUGCGCAUUAGCAACGUGUCGAGGGAUGAUGACUCUGGUGGUGGCAUUAUUGAAAUGGUCCCUGUUUAGCUACUUAUGGUUUCACCAUGAGUCCAUUUCUUUUUUUGGAAAAUAUUAUCAAUUAUGCAUAUGAAUAAAUAAAGG